ACUACUAUAUAAAGGGAAACCCGUCACUCUUCCUCGCCCACUCUGCAGGUUCAAUAUGGCGAUUCACGAACGAAACCCUCUUUUGAUUUCUGCAAUCUUUGUAUCUCUCGUCGCCAUCGCCUCUGCCAAAGUUUUCUUCGAAGAACGCUUUGAUGAGGGAUGGGAAAGCCGCUGGGUAAACUCUGACUGGAAAAGAGAUGAGAACAUGGUGGGAGAGUGGAAUUACACUUCUGGAAAAUGGAAUGGAGAUCCCAAUGACAAAGGCAUUCAAACUAGUGAAGAUUACAGGUUCUAUGCUAUUUCAGCCGAGUUUCCAGAAGUGAACAACAAGGAUAAGACUCUAGUGUUUCAAUUUUCAGUCAAGCAUGAGCAGAAACUUGAUUGUGGUGGUGGCUACAUGAAGUUGAUCAGCGGUGACAUUGACCAGAAGAAAUUUGGUGGUGAAACCCCAUACAGCAUCAUGUUUGGGCCUGAUAUAUGCGGCUAUAGCACCAAGAAAGUACAUGCUAUUCUUACCUACAACGGAACAAACCACUUGAUCAAAAAGGAAGUUCCUUGUGAGACUGACCAGCUCACUCAUGUUUAUACAUUCAUUCUACGUCCAGAUGCUACCUACAGCAUCCUUAUUGAUAAUGUUGAGAAACAAACUGGUAGCUUGUACACUGAUUGGGAUCUUCUUCCACCAAAGAAAAUCAAGGAUCCUGAGGCCAAGAAGCCUGAAGAUUGGGAUGACAAAGAAUACAUCCCUGAUCCAGAAGAUAAGAAGUCCGAGGGAUAUGACGACAUUCCCAAAGAAAUCACAGACCCUGAUGCUAAGAAGCCUGAAGAUUGGGAUGAAGAAGAAGAUGGUGAAUGGACAGCCCCAACCAUUCCUAAUCCUGAAUACAAGGGCCAGUGGAAGCCCAAGAAAAUCAAGAACCCUAACUACAAGGGAAAGUGGAAGGCACCAAUGAUUGACAACCCUGAUUUCAAGGAUGACCCCGAUCUCUAUGUUUUCCCCAGCUUGAAGUACGUUGGCGUUGAGUUGUGGCAGGUGAAAUCCGGAACACUGUUUGAUAACAUCUUAGUCUCUGAUGAUGUUGAGUACGCCAAGAAACUAGCCGAAGAAACAUGGGGCAAGCAGAAGGAUGCCGAGAAGGCAGCAUUUGAGGAGGAAGAGAAAAAAAGAGAGGAAGAGGAAUCAAAGGAUGACCCUGUUGAUUCUGAUGCCGAGGACGAGGAUGAUGAUACCGGUGAUGCUGAAGGAAGUGAGUCUGAUUCCGAUACCAAGUCGGACUCCAGCAAAGACAGUGCCAAGGAAGAUGCAGUAGAACAUGAUGAACUAUAAGGAAAGAGCACUGCAAUAUUUUGCUGACAGACUGGUUUGGAGGUCAAGUUUUGCAUUAGUUAGAAAAAGAAUUGUAGUGUUGGGUGUUUUUCUUUAGAGGCGGAUUUGCAUGUUACGUACAAGCAGACAGAGAAGUGCGAGUAAUGCGUUUUCGUUAACCGAAAGAGAGGGGAUGGUUUUUAUGCUGAGACUAAAGAUUUAUCCAAUAGCUCUUAAUA